GACGGCUCCAUAUUCCCGGGGCCGCGGCGGCUGCGGCGGGGAUGGAGCGGGCGGCGCGGGCGGCGUAGCCAGCUCGCACGGGGGGGCCGCGGGCAGCGCCGCGCCCGCCCGCCGCCGCGGGGUGAGGGCUCCCCGGCCGCCCCCGCCCGGCCAGGCGCCCCGCCGCCAGCCGGCUCCCUGCUACCGGGGGCUGCUGGGGUUGUGUCCAAGGCCUCCCCCUCCCCCGCGUACACACUCACACACACACACACACACACACACACACUCACACACACACCCCAUCUUCUCCUGCCGCCGCCGCCGCCGCCGGAGAGAUCGGGGAUUGCCCGCGGCCCGGCCCCGCUCCCGGCUGCGCCCCGUGCCCGGGCGCAUCGCACCCCGCGGGGAGCUCGCCCGGCUGCCCCCGGGGCGGCGUGUGCGGGGCGGCGUGUGCGGGGCUGGGGGGGGGGGACACACACGGCAGCUCCCGCGGCGGCUCCCGAUGGCUCGUCCGCGGCCCCGAGAAUACAAGGCUGGAGACCUGGUGUUCGCCAAAAUGAAGGGGUACCCGCACUGGCCGGCCCGGAUUGAUGAACUCCCUGAAGGAGCCGUGAAGCCUCCAGCAAAUAAAUACCCCAUCUUCUUUUUCGGGACUCAUGAAACCGCGUUCCUGGGGCCCAAAGACCUUUUCCCAUAUAAAGAAUAUAAAGAUAAGUUUGGGAAGUCGAACAAGCGAAAAGGGUUUAAUGAAGGCCUGUGGGAAAUAGAAAACAACCCCGGAGUAAAGUUUACUGGAUAUCAGGCAAUUCAGCAACAGAGCUCAUCAGAAACUGAGGGAGAAGGAGGAAAUACAGCAGAUGCCAGCAGUGAGGAGGAAGGUGAUCGAGUAGAAGAGGAUGGAAAAGGAAAAAGAAAGAAUGAAAAAGCAGGCUCAAAACGGAAAAAAUCCUACACUUCAAAGAAAUCCUCCAAGCAGUCACGGAAAUCUCCUGGAGAUGAAGAUGAUAAGGACUGCAAAGAGGAAGAAAAUAAGAGCAGCUCUGAUGCUGGGGACGCAGGCAAUGACACAAGAAACACUUCUUCAGAUUUGCAGAAAACCAGUGAAGGGACUUAACCAACAUAAUGACUGAUGAAUAUUAAGGGAAAACACAAGAAGGUUACAUGUUUGGUUGUCUAAUAUUCUUGGAUUUGAUAUGAGUCACCACAUCUGUUCAUUAGUAUCAUCAACAGCAUCCCAGUUUGUAUGCACAUUAUUCACAUUCCUAUCUGUUGUGUUUGCAGAAAUGACAUUUUACCCUUUUUUCUAAGGGUUACUUUUUGAUUUUCCUAUUAUUUGGUUGCAUGAAGUUGCCCUUUACCAGUGGCUGAGGUUUAUGAAGAUACCGCAUACUUGAACAUGUUUUAGAUUCCUUUUCUAGAGAGAAAAGGUGUAACUCCAAAUUACAUCAUUCUAAAUCAGCAUUUUUUUAAAAACAAGUAAAUCUUAGAAAUGAGUCCCCUCCAUACGAUACUACAAUAUCUUCCACGUACAAACAUAAUUUUAAAUUUCCCUAUAUCCAUACUUUCUUGAUUUUUGACCAGUUUACAACAUAAAAAAAAAUUCUUCAGUUGAGAUCACCGCCAAGUUCAAUAAUGUAAUAAAAUACCUUUCCUUAUUAGAAGUACCUAGCUAGUUAUACUCUUAAUACUUCUCAAAAUCAUGAUGUAAUGUACACUAUCUGACUUAGUUCCUAUAUGUGGAGUUAGUGAAAGUCUUUUUGUGUUUCUUUAGAUUAAUACAAGGAUUUUUUCCAAUGCCAACACAAUUUGAAAUCAUUCAUUUGGAUGCUUUCCAUUUUUAAGCUUACUGUGAUAUAGAACCCUAUGGGAAACCAAAAGAAAACAUCAAUUUUAAAUAAUGAAAGGCUUAAAAAAGGAUGCUGUCAUUCUGGCUUUUUUUUUCCUUUUGGAAAUAGAACUAGACUAGUAAGUAAGCAUUCCAAAUCCAUUAUUCUGUGUACAUUAUUGUUGCUAUUGUGAUAAUAGAGAUUUUUAUUUAUUUUUAUGCCAGCUUUUAUUGUGAAAACAUAUUUAGUCUGGUUUUAUCAAUCCUUGUUAUGCUUGUCCUUGGAACAUCUUUUGCGUAUUCAAGGUUUGUAGUUGACGAGUUUACUGUAAAAAACUAAAAAAAAACCACAACAAAAAAACAAAAAACAAAACAAAAAGAAAACAAAAAAAUGUAUUGUUUUUACAGAAUAAAUUUAUUGGAAUGUGUAUUGGGAGUAAGGUUUGAGGUUGUAAGCAACUAAGUUAGCGUCAUAUUUGGCUUCAUACGUGUAAUAAUGUGAGGUAUUAAUGUAAGUCAAGUAUUAAAGCAAAACAUUCUGUUAACAUGAGUUGACCAUAAUAGAUACAAGUGCAGGUGAGAUCUUUAUUUUUUCUGUACUUUGCCUUUUCUGGAUAACAGGAGGUUAUUAAAUUCACCUUGAAUGUA